CGACAUCAUAAACAACCGACUUUUAAAAGGUUGUAUUCACCUUAAUAUAUCAGCUUUACUUCCUUGUUGUGUUGCUAUAGUUUGAAAAGGAAAAGGAAAAAGACAUGCUGCUGUGGACUAUCCUACUGGUAUUUGUUAUAGAUAUACAAUCUGUAAAUGCAUAUAGCUUACAAUCUGAUCAAGCAUAUCACACAGACAGAAAAACCUGGAAAGCUGCUUCUGAAAUAUGUAGCAAAAUUGGUUUAGAGUUUGACGAAAAGGUGUUGACGAAUAUUGCCGUGCUGCAAGAAAAAGAAUUUUGGAUUGGAAUGGCUAUUUACCAUAUAGCUACACCAUGGAUUGAAAGUAUGGGUUGUUAUUCAGUACCAGACGGACAGGAAAUUAAGAAAAGUCCAUCAAUUGUAUUAUGCCAAAAACAAUGUGUCUCGUAUCAGUUCUUUGGUUACAGUGAGUCAACAGAAAACUGUUUUUGUCAUCAAAUUAAAAGUAGUUCCCAUAAUAUAAGUAAUUGCAUAGACAACAUUGAUUCGAAAUAUUCCUUCGUUUAUAAAGUAUACACUGGGCAUGUUUCUGACAAUGGCGAUGGCAAAUGUACGACUUUAUUGUGCAGUAUAGGUGGCAAUGGGUUGAAAUCGGCUAAUUGUAAUGAUAUAACAGAUACAGCAAGGGCCAGUAGAUGUAAUGAUGGAAUCAUAGUUGGAUGGGGUAAACCGUAUUCAACAGGCAAACAGGUGUGCCUGGAAAGAUUUCAGCUUUUACUUCCACCUGAUACUUAUUGCCAAUUGAAUCACAUAUUCGAAGGGAUUCCUUCAUGGACAAACGUUUUUCGAGCGGAAACCGAAGCUAAGCUGACAAAAGCUGAAGCAGGUACAAAAGAACCGCUUUCUUGUUUAGCAGGCUCGAUAACAGGAAAAAGAGUGCUGAAUGUAACCAGACGAGCUUGUAAUGAUCAGUUACAGUUUUUGUGCAGAAUAGACGAAGCAUCUGCUCCAACCUCAAGCCAAAUCGUAAUUGCAACAAGGACAAUGAAGAAAGAUUCUAGCGGCAGCAUUGAUAUAGGUCCAGUUAUUGGUGGCAUUACAGGUGCCAUCACACUAUUGGCUGUUUUGUUUGUGAUGAUUUACUGUAAGAUAAGGUCAUGUGGAUUUUUUAAAUCGGCUAAUACGGAUAAGCAAGAAGUCCAAUUCUCCAAAGAAUUCUACGAGCAUUCACAAAAUCCAGAAGUUAGAACAAUUGAGACGCCGAUUUCUAACAAAUCAUAUGGCUUAGCUCCAAUCAAUUCAAGCAACACGUAUGCAGUCGUAAACAAAAUUAAAAAGAACGGACUCCAAACAACUGAGGACACUUAUACUGAAACAUCAUACGGAGAAUAUGAUCGAUUAAAUGUUUUGUCGAAAAAUCGAACAGAUUCAAAGACAAAUUUAUAUGACAGCCAUGCAGGGAUUCGUAACGAAAGUGACCCAACAUACGACAGUUCCAACCAUGGAGGAAGAAAACUGCAACUUGAUAACGAUGUGUAUGAUCAUACAGACACAUUAUCAACAGACGGUAGUGACUAUGGUUAUUCGUCAACUCUCAAAUCAGAAACUAGAAAUGAAAAUGAUGUAUACGAUAAAGCAGUCUAGCGGCAACAAUUUAUUUCCUGAGAAGGGUUACUGGUAACGCACUAUUAUGGAAUGUGAUCACAAUAAUAUAUUUGAUAACAUAGAUUUGUAUGUAACCCUGAUUUCAAGAAGUGACUGUUUUGAUAGAUCUAUAUCUUAACCAGGUUAAGUUCACUCUUUUUGUAAUCAGGUAUUCACCUUUCGGUCAUCUUAUACAUUUCAUCGUCUUCUUAACUAUAGUAAAGCAAUUCAGAUUAAGAAAUUUAAUAGACGUUUUUUUUUGUUUUUUUUUCAUUUUUUUUUUACGUUCGUGGAGCAAUUAUCUAUGCAUAUGUUAUGUGUAGAAGAAUUAAAUAAAAUAAUCUUGAUCGGUG